AUUUGGGAGGGAAAAUCAAUUUGGGGGAAAGGGUUUUGCUUCCUCUCCUCUCAUGCGCUAUGAAGAGAAGACAUAGCGAUAAAGUCUCGAUUCGUAUCCACAACAUCGGCACACCGUUGAUUUCUCGCUCCACCGGUUCACCCAUAGAAUCUCUUCACGUCGAAUCAGAUCGUCCCUACACGAUUGGUCGAAGUACAGCUAACGGGUCGUGCGAUUUUGUCCUCGAUCAUGUCGGAAUCAGUAGAAACCACUGCCAGAUUCUAUUCGAUAGCCGAAGUAGCAAACUUUACGUUUUUGAUGGUGUGAUUCUUUCGAAUUAUUCAGGUGGGUUUAGUCAAUUUUUCAAUGAGGUGGAGAAGGAGGGUUUGAGAUUUAAGGUUUCUUUGAAUGGUGUGUAUGUUAAUCGAGUUAAGGUUGGGAAAGGUAGAGUUCAAGAGGUUUUGGUUGGUGAUGAGGUGUUGUUUGUUUGUGGGAAGGAAGGGUUGUUGUGUUGUAAAGAUGAACGAGUUGGGUUUGUUGUUCAGGAGAUUGGUUUUGAAGGAAGGGAUACUUCUGUUUCCGAAGGACAUUCUAGGGGGAGUUUUUCUAGUGGGAAGAGAAGUAAAAGGGUUUUUGCUCCGAUGGAAAAUGAAGUCAGUUCUAUGGUUUCUGGGGUUAAAGCUGUUGGUGGUGUUGUUGAGAGAUUGAACUCUCUUGUAAGAUAUUGUAGACAUGUAUUGAAUAGUGAUGAUCCUGUAUCUUGCCUUAGGCUGUCAGAUUCUGGGAAAGAAUGCGUAUCCUAUUGUACAAUGUUAAGGUUAAAAGGAGGUAUAGUGAAAGAUAAUAGAGAAGUCAGGAGUGAUGAGGAAAAUCAUGAGAUGAGUGGUUUAAAGGUGAGGGAUGAGCAGCCAAGCCCACAAUUGCAUAUAGAUAGAAGUAUAGUUGUCUCAAACUUGGUUAGCCAGGUAGAAAGUGAUGGUGCUGCUUGUAUUUCUGUUAGCGAUAAAGCUAGGACAAUGAUUCCUAUUGAUGAGGAGAAAGAAAACACUCCUGGUAAUAGUUACUUCACUAAGGAGAAAAGUUAUCAAAGCUCUGGGAAGAACUUUUAUCUAAAUCGUCUUCAAUAUAUUGAACAUGAUCCAACUGGUAGUCAACGGGUGGUUUCCUUGCCAGAACUUCUUCACCCUGUGGAAAGCAUCUCACAAAUUUUCAUUGCAACAUUUACAAGUGAUAUCUUAUGGUUUCUUACCGGUUGUGAGAUACCUAGUCAUUUGCCUGUAACUGUUGCAUGUCACCAUGCUGAGAGAUGUUGGAGCUCAAGCCCUGAUUCAAGAACCGCUGCUCCUUUGCCAAAUUACCCAAACGUAACUAUGGUAUUUCCACCAUUUCCUGAGGAAAUUGCAUUUGGGAAAGAUAGAAAGAACCAAGGCAUUGCUUGUCAUCACCCCAAGCUGUUUAUUCUGCAAAGAGAAGAUAGUCUUCGUGUAAUUAUUACGUCUGCAAACUUAGUAGCAAGACAGUGGGAUGACGUGACCAACACAGUUUGGUGGCAAGAUUUUCCACGAAGAGCAAACCCUGAUUACUUAUCCCUUUUCAGCCAUUUCAAAAAGGAAACCAAUCGUGGUUUAAGUUCAGAUUUUGGUGCUCAGCUGGCUGGAUUUGCUGCGACACUUUUGGCUGAUGUUCCAAGUCAAGCCCAUUGGAUUCUCGAGUUGACAAAAUACAACUUUGAACACUCAGCAGGUCAUCUUGUCGCUUCAGUCCCUGGAGUUCAUUCUUAUAAGCCCUCUUAUCUUACAGAAUCUGUUCGCUCAAGCUCCGCUUUCAAUGAAGAGUUUCUGGGAUCUGUGGAAGCGUCUGUCGUUGGCCUAAGUUACCUUUUCCGUUCUACCAGUGAUUCUACAGGAGCACAACUGAAACGACUGGCUUCAUAUAUUAGUAGAACCCGUGAAAAUUCUCUCGGAAUGUUGGAACUUGUUAUGAGAAGAAACACCAGUGUGCCUGCUGACGUGAAUGCUGUGAGCGUCCUUGUCCCUAACCCUGAUGAUGAUUCGAGAGACGAGUUUGUCCAGCUAGGCUUUUUGCCGCGGAACAUUGCAAAAUGGGUUUCACCUCUGUGGGAUAUUGGGUUCUUUAAAUUUGUUGGAUAUGUGUAUCGAGAUGAAGUCCUUGCAUCUGCUUCCUGUAGGAGUAACCAGAAGGUGCAACUGAUGCUGCAUGUAUUACAAGGAGUGUCCAUUUCAGAAAUGUCAAAGUUGAUUCUACCACAUCAUGUUGUUGCGUUGUGCUCGUUGAUUGCUUCACUUCAGAGAUGUACUGGCAUUUGGAGGCUACAAGAGGUGUUAGGCUGUUACAAGUGGCCUGAGUCUCAGGAAUCUGAUUUUGUCUACAGUGCAUCAUCGGUUGGAGGCUCAGUAACUGCAGGUUUUCAAGCUGAUUUUGCAUCAGCCGCAGGUAAAAAAGCGUUACAGCAUUUUGACUCCCAAGAGUCUGAUCCUGAGUGGGGAUGCUGGAGUGCUAGGGAGGAACGAGAAGCUCCUUCUAUUAAAAUCAUCUUCCCUACCAUUGAAAGGGUGAAGAAUGGCCUGCGCGGUGUCUUGUCUUCAAGACGUCUGCUCUGCUUCUCCGAUAAAACCUGGCAAAAGUUGAGAUAUAACAAUGUGCUUCACGAUGCCGUUCCUAAUCCUCAGGACAGAGUCGGGCACCCGAUGCAUAUCAAGGUGGCGAGAAGACGCUUCACCUCCACUAGAGGUUUAGGGUCUUCUUCAUUUGGUUGGGUUUACUGUGGCUCACAUAAUUUCAGUGCAGCUGCCUGGGGACAGACCAUUUCCAGAUCCUCCAGGACCAACCAGGACCAGUCUUAUAAUGCCAUGAGAGUAGUCAGUAAACUUCGUGUAUGCAACUACGAGCUCGGGAUUGUAUUUGUUUUCCCCCCACCUCAUGAAGAAACAGACUUAUGUGAUGGGUCUAAGAUUGAUGAUAUUGUGUUGCCGUUUAUUGUACCGGCUCCAAAGUAUGGAGGGAGUGAUAGACCGGCUACAGGUUUGGCUAUGAGGGAAGCUUUGGCUGAGUUCAGGGAAGGCUCUAGAAGUGUCUUUGGAGAGAAUGAAGUUGAGGAAGUAGAGGAGGAAGAAGAAGAUGAGGCUGAAGCUGAAGCUGAAGCUGAAGGAAGAGGAGAAUUUGUUGUAGAAGAGGAGAAGCAAGAAGAGAAGGCUUACGGUGAGGCGUUGUGGAGCCAGGUUGAGUCCUCCCUCAGCUCCUGAAAAAUACUUACAUAUGUAACGUGUAAAAACAUUUGUUGGGAUUAUAAAGGGUAAGAAAUAAAAAUGAUUUUUCUCAUUGUCGUCUUUUUGGUCAAAUAAAACUGAUUCUUUAAGUUUAUUAUGUUUUCUUGAUAGGUGUAAAAGCACAUAUAUAUACAUCUUUUAACACUAUAAAAUGUAUAUUUGAGUGGUUCGUUUUUUAUGUGACGUCUGUGGAAUAAAUCUCGUUGACACA